AUGGGCAAGAAGCCCGGCGGCGGCGCCGGCGGCGGUGGCUGGCUGGCCACCGUCAGGAAGGUCUUCAAGACCAGCCCUUCCUCCUCCCCUUCCAAGGCCAACAAGGGGUCAGGAGGCGGGGAGCAAGAGGCGGAGAUAGUGUCCGUCGAGCACUUCCCGGCCGCCGACACGUCGUCGGAGGUGACGAAUGAGGGCAGCGGCGGGAGGGAGCGGCUGUGCGGCGGGGUGGAGGCGGAGGCCAGGAGGGCGCGCCGCGCCAUGGCGUCGAGGAUGGCGAGGCUCGCGGCCCUGCGCGGCAGGGCGGCCGGCAGGGAGGACCGCGCCGCCGUGCGCAUCCAGGCGUUCUACAGAGGUUACUUGGCGAGGAGGGCCCUGCGCGCGCUGCGCGGGCUGGUGCGUCUGCAGGCGCUGGUGCGCGGUCACCAGGUGCGUCGCCAGGUCCGGCAAACCAUGCGCUCCAUGCAGGCGCUCGUCCGCGCGCAGGAUCGCGUUCGCGCCCGCCGCCUCACCUCCCACGUCGACAGCCGCGGCCGACCCGCCGUCGUCCCGUCGCACGGCGGCGGUCGGCACUCCUACGGGCACGACCGCCUCUUCUUCGACGACGAACAGGGCGACGAGGACGCCGAGACGGAGGCGCAGGUACGGCGACCAAGAAACAGGCAGAGAAGCAUGGGCAACUUGAGCCCGUUCCAGGAAGGGUGGGACGCCGUCACCCGGGCCGGAAGCUUGCGUCGGCACGGCGGCGACACCGCGGCGUGGUCACCUGCCUACGCACACGGCUUCCAGCAGCAGGAGCACAAGCUACAGUGCGACGAGCAGGACCAGCGCAAGGUCGGCUGGGACUGGCUGGAGCGCUGCAUGGCGCCGAGCAUCAUGCCGCCGGGGCCGGCCAGCCAGCACCUGACGGCGGAGACGUCGUACGUGACCGCCUUGGCCACGGCCAGUACGGAAGGCGUUUCGGAGAGGACCGUGGAUAUGGACCCGAGCAGGAAGAGCCCACCCAAGGACCUGUACCCGGUGCGCACCGGCGCCGAGGUGAUCCCAGGGUAUAUGGCAGCGACGCAGUCGGCGCGCGCCAAGGCACGCAUGGCUGCUCCAAGGGCGCACAACCGGAGCCGGUCCGGAUCGGUGGCCCUUGGCGGCGGCUCGACGGCGAGCUCAGGCUGGAGCACGAGUAACAACGGUGAUGGUGGCGCCCGUACGGGUCAUCAGAGGGAAGGGUACAGCCCGGAGUCGAGCUCCAGCGGCGAGCGGACACUCCCGGCGGUUGGCGGCCCAGGCAGGGUGGCCUAUGCCUGACCCUUGCAUAGUUACAUGAUCACAAACUGCUACUGGAGACAACUGAUAGUAUGUUAGUAUAACGUGUUCAAGUUCUGAGGUGUUUUCAUGACUGGCUAGCUGAUCCCAGCUGGUUAGAACUAUGGCCGUCGCUCUUGUACAUGUAGUAGCCUAGUAGGCAUAUAACGUUAACAUAUCAAAAUUUUAUCA